GCCCCUGGUUCUCUCAAGCGUCGCUACCGUUUGACGCCAGUGUGGGCGUGUCAGCGCGACCCGCUACGUUGCCAGGCGCGGACAAUGGCGCCUGCAUCAGCCUGAGGAAACUUCGUUGUCAAGUCGUUUUCUGACGUGGCAGGAGGAAGCUGUGGCGCCUCCGGAGCCCGCCACUGCGGUGACAGUGCGCGUGCGCGCUUCCGCUUCGUCCUGGGCCGUGCGGUGGCGCCUAGGCCCCGCGUUGCCCGCCAGAGUCGUUGUGACCGCUUCGCUUGCCUAACCACGGUUUCUGGGGCUAAGUAAGAAACAUGAGUGGCAGCAACUUAAGCGGGAACGAUGAGUUUGAUGAGCAGUUGCGAAUGCAAGAAUUGUACGGAGACCCCAAGGACAGUGACACCCAGAAUGAGCCCACUGGAGAAGCCAAUUCCUUGGGACAACCACCGGAUGACACUCCCUACGAGUGGGACCUUGAUAAGAAGGCUUGGUUCCCUAAGAUCACUGAAGAUUUCAUUGCUACAUAUCAGGCUAAUUAUGGAUUUUCUAAUGAUGGUGCAUCCAGUUCUACUGCAAAUUCCCAGGACACCAACACUAAGAUUGCAGAAGAACCUCCACAAAAUGAAAUCCCCGAAACCUCUGACCCCAAAAAGAGGGGAGAAAAGAGAAAGGCCGAAUCAGGAUGGUUCCAUGUUGAAGAAGACAGAAACACCAAUGUAUAUGUAUCAGGUCUGCCUCCAGAUAUCACAGUGGAUGAAUUUAUACAGCUUAUGUCCAAAUUUGGCAUUAUUAUGAGAGAUCCUCAGACUGAAGAAUUUAAGGUCAAACUUUACAAAGAUAAUCAAGGAAAUCUUAAAGGAGAUGGUCUUUGCUGUUAUCUAAAGAAAGAAUCUGUGGAACUUGCAUUAAAACUUUUGGAUGAAGAUGAAAUUAGAGGCUACAAAUUGCAUGUUGAGGUGGCAAAGUUCCAGCUGAAGGGCGAAUAUGAUGCCUCUAAAAAGAAGAAGAAGUGCAAAGAUUAUAAGAAGAAGCUGUCUCUGCAACAGAAGCAGUUGGAUUGGAGACCUGAGAGGAGAGCUGGACCAUCCCGGAUGCGCCACGAGCGAGUUGUCAUCCUGAAAAAUAUGUUUCACCCAAUGGAUUUUGAGGAUGAUCCACUGGUGCUUAAUGAGAUCAGAGAAGACCUUCGAGUAGAAUGUUCAAAGUUUGGACAGAUUAGGAAGCUCCUUCUAUUUGAUAGACACCCAGAUGGUGUGGCCUCUGUAUCCUUCAGGGAGCCAGAGGAGGCUGAUUGUUGUAUUCAAAGUCUUGAUGGAAGGUGGUUUGGUGGCCGUCAGAUCACUGCUGAAGCCUGGGAUGGGACUACAGAUUAUCAGGUAGAGGAGACCUCCAGAGAAAGAGAGGAAAGGCUGAGAGGCUGGGAGGCAUAUCUCAAUGCUCCUGAGGCCAACAGAGGCCUCCAGCGUACAGAUUCCAUCUCCGGUUCAGAAAAGGCAGGGCCUUCCAGAGUGAGGCAUUUUUCAGAGCACCCAAGCAUGUCUAAUAUGGGUGCUCAGGAUGCUACAACUGGAAUGGCAUUUGAAGAAACUAUCAAUGAAAAUAAGUUUAAAAACGCAGAAGAUGGAGAAGAAUUCGAAGGAUAUACUUCUGAAAAAGUUGUUAAACAAGGUGGGUCUGAUGAGAGUGACCAUGAGAGAGAAUGUGAAGAGGGCUGCCCUGAGAGGGAGAGUGAAGAAGGCCACCCUAAGAGUGAGCUUGAUGAGGGUAAUCCUAAAAAGGAGCCUCAAGAAAAUGGUGCUGAAAGAGAAUUCAAAAAGAAAGGCAAUGGCCUUGCAAAUGAGGCUGAAGACAGUGACCCUAGCAGAGAGUCUGAUGGGGAAGACAGCCUCAAGAAAGAGUCAGAAGAUGAUGACUCAGAGAAAGAAUCUGAGGAAGACUGCUCAGAAAAGCAAUCUGAAGAUGGUUCUGACAAAGAAUUAGAAGAAAAUGGUGUUAAAAAAGAUUUUGACCAGGGUGCCUUGGACAAGGAGUUCCUUGGAAAUGUUGAGAAAGAGUCAGAAGAAAAUGACACUGACAAAUCAGAAUUUGAUGAAGGCUCUGAAAGAGUGUUAGGUGAGGAAGGGUCUGAGAGAGAAUUUGAGGAAGACUCAGAUGAAAAAGAAGAAGAAGAUAAUAAUGAAGAAGAGGAAGAAGUUGUAUAUGAAAAGGUUUUUGAUGAUGACUCUGAUGAGGAUGAAGAAGAAGCAGAUGAAAAGGAGUGUGAAGAUCCUGAUGACAAAGAGGAAGAAGAUGACACAGAUGAAAAGGUCUUCGAUGACUCAGAUGAAAAGGAAGAUGAAGAAGAUAUAGAUGUAAAGAAAGAUGAAGAUGCCAAUGACAAGCUUUUUGAAGAUAAUUCCAAUGAGAAGUUGUUUGAUGAGGAAGAAGGUACCAAUGAGAAGUUGUUUGAUGAUUCUGAGGAGAGAGGGACUGUGGGGAAUGUGAAGGAAGAUUUGUCUCAGUCCACAGAUAGCAGCUUUGCCCUCAGUAGUGAUGAUGAUGAGGAAAUGUAAUCCUUUCCACUUGCUUCUUAGGGAAAGCCCUGCAUCUCCAUUUGCCCUUGCUUCAGGGUCAGUAGUGAUAUUACAUCAACAUGUGCAUAGUAGUAGGAUACCAUCAGACUAAUGUCUUGAAGGUUUUUGUUCUCACCUGUACCAAUAGAUUUAAAUAUGUUUAUUGGUUCUUCACUUAAAUCUUCAUAGUUACAAUGCAAGUAAACUGGAUACCUGUUGUUUUAUUGGAUUUGUUAAAUGCAUGCAAAAGAAUAUUUUUAAAGUACUCUAAUUGGAGUUUGUGAUAUUCAGAAAGAAAAAUAAAAUGAUAAUAUGCAGAAACUUAAA